UGCCAUUCAACAUCUGUCGACAACUGAAAGACACGAGCGAGAUAAGACGGCAAAACUAACUAAAGUACAUCACGAAUAUCGGUGAACUUUGACUUACAAUCAUGAUUUCGCAGAAUUGAACGAAUGCUUCAAGAAAGAAGAAAGCGGGGACGCGAAAAAGCCGCGUGCAUGGAUCUCACAUACAUCCAUCAUCCCACGCGCGCUGUUCUCCAGGCAAAAUCCAACAUGAUUCGCGUAAUGAAACUGUUCGCGGCGAGGUUUUAAUGGAGGUGGAAGGUGAAUCUCCUGACAGCGAGCUUGAGUUUUAGUCGCCGUUAGUUACAGAUGUACAACAUUUCUCCUCAUCGCAGAGUUCGCAUGGCUCCAGUUGGAGACACCAGAGCUUGGAGAGACAUGUGCGGUCUUUAGCAGCAAUAAUCGCGGGCAGGGAACCAGUCUGAACGGUCGAUAAAAGCAAUAAAUCCACACUGAACAUAAGUGACCCGUCGCGCUAUGAGAAACUUCAGGGAAAGCGCUUCACCGGCGACCGCGCGGAUAAUACGACGCCUCGUACUGUUUUAAAGUGGAGCCUUUCUGACAAACAGGAACUUUUGGGGAUUUAACCUCGACACAGUCGCGGAGAUGACAAGAAAACAGGACGACAUUGCGCCAUCACCUGUUAUCUGAACACUGUGAUUAGUUCUCACAAAAGCACUGAAUCUUUAUUGCCUUUGGACCUGCUUUCUAUACAUUCCGGCGUUGGACAUGGAGACUAGUCAGUUACGGACAGUAGACGGGUUGAUUUCUUAAUGUGCGAGAAUACAUAGCCAUAUCGUUUUUAUUCCUCUCAACACAUUGCGUUCGGUACAUCUGUUAAUUUUGCACUAUGAUGGAACCGCCACCGUGCUCUAAAAAGAGCCUGUCUCUUUCGCUGCCGGUUCCCCGGGAGGGACAGGCGACCCUUAAGCCACCCCAGCAUUUGUGGAGACAGCCACGGACCCCCAUCAAAAUCAAACAUCGCGGUUACUCUGACACCGACCGACAUCACCACCGACAGAUAGAGCGCUCGAAUGCCAUGGACACGAGUGACCGGCCGGGGCUCAAGAAGUCCCGCAUGUCCUGGCCAUCGUCGUUCCACGGAACCACCAGCGCGUCCAUUAGCAACUGCGCUGGGAGUAAGCGCUAUGAUGGGGAGAAUGGGCCCUCUCCUGGCCGCAGCCCUAUGGAUUCGCAGGCGAGUCCUGGGCUGGUGCUCCAUCCCCCCUUCCCUCAGAGCCAGAGAAGGGAAUCUUUUCUCUACCGCUCUGACUCUGACUACGACAUGUCCCCGAAGACCAUGUCACGAAACUCCUCAAUCAACAGCGAGGGUCAUGCUGAAGAUCUCAUAGUCACCCCUUUUGCUCAGGUGUUGGCUAGUCUACGAACUGUCAGAAGCAACUUCACCAUUCUCGCCAACGUCACGACUCCCACUAACAAGAGGUCACCAGUGACCAGCCAACCAACGGUUCCCCCAGCAACGCUCUCAGAUGAGACAUACCAGCAGCUGGCUCGGGAGACUCUGGAGGAACUUGACUGGUGUUUGGACCAGCUGGAGACCAUUCAGACCCACCGCUCUGUUAGCGAGAUGGCUUCCAACAAGUUCAAGAGGAUGUUAAACAGGGAACUGUCUCAUCUGUCUGAGAUGAGCCGAUCUGGGAAUCAGGUGUCCGAAUACAUCUCCACUACGUUCCUAGACAAGCAGAACGAGGUGGAUAUUCCCUCUCCUACGCUUCGGGAGCGAGAUAAACCAAUGUCUCACAUCAGCGGAGUCAAGAAGCUUACACAUAGCUCGAGCCUCACUAGUGCAGCCCUGCCCCGCUUCGGGGUCAAAACCGAGCAGGAGGACGCACUGGCUAGGGAGCUGAAUGAUUUAAACAAGUGGGGCCUUAAUAUCUUCCAUGUGGCAGAGUACUCUAAUAACAGACCUCUAAGUUGCAUGAUGUUUGCUAUCUUCCAGGAAAGGGAUCUAUUGAAGACAUUUGGGAUCCCAGUGGAUACGUUUAUCACCUAUGUAAUGACACUGGAAGACCACUACCAUGCCAACGUGGCCUAUCACAACAGCCUGCAUGCCGCCGAUGUCACACAGUCAACGCACGUGCUGCUCUCCACACCGGCACUGGACGCUGUUUUCACUGAUCUUGAAAUCCUGGCUGCAUUGUUCGCUGCUGCCAUUCAUGAUGUAGACCACCCUGGAGUUUCCAACCAGUUCCUCAUCAACACCAACUCAGAAUUGGCAUUAAUGUACAACGAUGAAUCUGUACUGGAGAACCACCACCUGGCUGUAGGCUUCAAGCUUCUACAUGAGGAGAACUGUGACAUCUUUCAGAACCUCACCAAACGGCAACGGCAGAGUCUGCGCAAGCUGGUCAUUGACAUGGUUCUGGCAACAGACAUGUCAAAGCAUAUGAGCUUGCUGGCAGAUCUUAAGACAAUGGUGGAGACCAAGAAAGUGACCAGUUCAGGAGUGCUGAUGCUGGACCAUUAUAAUGACCGAAUACAGGUCCUGAGGAACAUGGUGCACUGUGCUGACCUUAGUAACCCAACGAAGCCCCUGGCAGUGUACAGGCAGUGGACUGAGCGCAUUAUGGAGGAGUUCUUCCGGCAGGGCGAUAAAGAGCGAGAGCGUGGGAUGGAAAUCAGCCCCAUGUGUGACAAACACACUGCGUCUGUGGAAAAGAGUCAGGUGGGCUUUAUCGAUUAUAUUGUGCAUCCCCUGUGGGAGACCUGGGGGGACUUGGUCCACCCUGAUGCUCAGGAAAUUUUGGACACCCUUGAGGACAACCGGGACUGGUACCAAAGCACCAUUCCCCAGAGCCCGUCACCACCGCCUGACGGCCCAGAAAACGAGCUUGAAUCCUGCACGAGCAAAUUCCAGUUUCAGCUCACACUGGAGGGAGAAACAGGACAGGUCGGCUCUCCCAGUCACAACCACAUAGGCAACCACGGUCAGGAGGCGGACAAAGGAGACGAGGAGGCGGUGGAGGCUGAGGCGGAAGAACAAAUGGAGGAUGGGGAGGAGGUAGCGGUCGAGAGGUCGGGACGGAGGAGACUGCAGGUUCAGUCAGUAGUCGAGGAGGAGGACGAGAGACAGUCCGAUGAGAGCCCCGUGGAGGAGACGGAAGAGGAGAAGUCGUCCUCUCCAACCGACGACACGUAAUACGUGCGACUCCUUCAGAAACCCUACCGUUCACAUAGGACUCUUCUGUUUCUGAUAGCUAGAUAAACAGAUGAAGUCGUGCGCACCGAUCCAAUAAGACGUUUCAUUUUAUUUUUCAAAAAGGGAACAAAAUAAUAUUGAUAUCAGAGAAGUAUUUAACACAGCAACUGUAGAUUACGAGCGUGAGCUGGAGUCCAUCCAGCAGCGAGGGUGAAUUCGGAUGGAGAAACAGAAUUAUGGCGUGGGGUUUGUAAAGGGCCAUUACGUCAGUGUAGCACUCUGGAAUUUGCACACAUACGCAUACACACAUUCGCAGACGUACUGUACGUGAAUUUCGACCGCAAAACAACGACGCAGGCUGUGUGUCUGCGUAUGUGUUCAGGGGGCCUGAAAGAAAUCUCUUUGGGGAAAAAGCCAUCUCAAGAAGGAGCAUCAGUGUCAAUAAUCAGCUUUGAAAGCAUUCCAACAGGGACUUAAAUCCUCCGAAAUCUGAGCGACUUUUUUUUUUUUUUUUGUCAAUUUCUGUCAUAGCGAGAACACAGUUGCAUCUGCUGUCCAAAAUGAGGAUGUCGGAAGGAUUAGCUGGUCCCACCCUCUCUUACCCUUUACCCAGGAGUGCUACCGGUGCAAGAUGGCUGUGUGCCUUUCUGAACCACCAGCUUCACCUCUGGAGCUGUUGUGAAGCAAUGCAUCAUGGGACAGGAGUGUCUGCUUUUGUCGUCAUCUUUGAUUGUCUCGUUCUCUUUUUAAGCAAUCUCCAUCGAUCGCGGUUUGUGCCGACAUCGUCUUUGUGAUAAUUCCUGCUUUCAUCUGUCAACCGAGCAUUAGGAUUUAGCACCGUCACCGCUCAUGGACUGCCCUCACUUUCCAUGCGAAUAAUAAAUGAUAGUCACUUUCCGAGGAUAAGCCAUGUGACGCUUUGAAGCAUAUGUUUUGCCUUCUUUUUGUUUUGUUUUGUUAAAUCCGUUCCUGCCAAAUUUGUAAAAGUAACAGUCUCCUCAAUCGCAGCACAGACUCUCUCACCUUCACCCACUCACGCUGGUAAUACAUUCUCUGUCUACGCCACAACACACCACAUUACGUUUUGCCAAAGGAACGAGUGCUUAGCUGAUAAGUUGGAGAAGCAAAUGAUUAGCGAAAGAGUCACGUGCAGCCAUAUUGAGUUUUUUGCCUUAAUGUCAACUGCAGGGUUUCUACCUGUCACAUUGUUGAAUAAUAAGAUGUUGGCAUUAUAUCCCAGACUACUUGUUUCAUGUCUAUAUAUGCCUUGCUAAAUGUCUGUGAGUGCACAAUAGCUCCAUCUGGAGGCGUAGGGUAGUUUUUUGUUGUUGUUUUUUUCUGCAUGGCAAAUAAACAAUAGCAGACGGUUCAUACAGAGGAAGCAGGUCGUAUCUUUUCGUGAUGUCUGUUUGACUUUUCACCAAGGCAGAAAGAGAGAGACAGAAAGUAAGAGAAUGAGAGAGUUCUCAGGUUGAUGUUUGAUUUUUGCAAUAUUGCCUCUCUCUCAUCUCAGAGCAUUUUUAGUUUGGUCGUAGUUCAGUUUAAUAAACCAAUUGUUGCUAUAUUGAGGGGCAGCGUUUGUAAGCAUUCCUCUUGAAAUAUGAUGACAAGCUAGUUUCUGCUGGUCAGUAGCUUAGCUUUACUCAAGCCUCUGUCUGUCAGAGCAGUGAAACUAGUACAUAGAUGAAAAGUGUACUUGUCUGUGACGGGAUUAGGGGAUGUCAUGGAAUGGAUUUUCAUUUCGUUACACGAUUGGUUUGUGCAAGCUAACGUCAUUCCCAUUCCAUUUGCCCAUGUCUUACCUUACAAUGCUUUGUUGUGUGGCUUUCGUUAAUGUUGUGAGCACUACGCUAACAAAUAAUAUUUGCCAUUUUAACACGACACUGUAGCAAUUGUUUCUUAUUAAGAAAUUAUUCAAAUUAAUUCCUUGCUGCCAUUCUUUUUGGAUAUCAAAAGGAAAAAAAAACAAGUGUUUUCUUUGAACAGUUUGUGUACAGUUUUUAUUUUUGUAUCAUUCUGGUUUGAUGGUUUAAGAAUCCAAACUACUAAUAUAAAUAGUAGACGAAAUCACUGCUUGUUUUGUAUAUACUGUAAUGUUGAAUUGUAAAUUUUGAGAUCUCUCGGAAUCGAUCACUGUCACAAUGAGUCACUUUUAGUUGUAAUGAAGUGUAGUUGAAUAGGCCGUCCCCUUUCUUUCUCCUGCCAUUGAUUUGGGGGAUUUUAGUCAACCUCUCAUCACCUUUAAAUGUGAAUAUUUGAAUUGUAUUGGAAAACAGACUAAUCAUCAUCAGUUAUUUAUAAAACUUGUCUUUACCAGCACUUUAUUUUGUCUGUAGAAAGGUGUUGUGAGAUGGCUGACAUCAAGGGGAAUGGUAUGGCAUGGCACAGGGGGAGCACUUUAAAUGGCUUGGCCCAAAUGUCGUCUUUUUUGGUCCUCGACGGCAUUUCCUGCUGAAGCUGUGAGCAACAUCGGCUACUCUGUGUCAAUAAUCUGCACUGUAAAGGCUUUUAAUGGGGGUUUGAAAUACUGUACUUCUGUGAGGUUAAUGACCAAGAGACAGUCAGAAAGAUGCUUAAUCAGAGAAUAGUUUUUCUUUGUACUUUAAAGUCAUGCCUCAUGAGACUCUCCAAUGAAAUUAUUCUCUGGGCUUUAAAUAAUAUGUUACUUGUUCACAGGUUAUGGUAAUAAUAGAAAUGAAAAAGAAAACACAGGAAAAUGAUUGUAAGAUUUGUACAUUAUAUUGCUGUAAUGUGUAUAAUGUGUCCAAGUUAUUUUAUAUUAUAUUAUUUUUAUGAAAGGUUUUCCUCUGAGAGAACUGAGUUGUCAUUUUGUGAAUAAAAUGCAUUUAAUAAGCAAACGGCUAUAUAUAAAAACACAAAUAUAUAAAUAUAUACCAGUAUAUUUUUUUCUUUAACUGUUCAGUACUGUAAAGUGUGUUGAAAAUACAAAUAAAGGACGAUUUUUCUAAUAAAUGCAA